AUGAAGGAAGUGCUCAGCCUCGCACAAGAACAAGAACAAGAACGAGAUAAAGAAUCCGAGAACGACCCCUUCGAGAACCUCCUCCAACGUCACGAUCUGCUUCUCUCACUCCGAAUUCUAGCCUGGGUACGCCGCUUUUCGACAAACCGUCAUCGUAGAUGGUCCCUGACGUCCGAUGACGUAAGAGAAGUUCGAGACUGGUGGACAAAACGAAAGUAAGCGAAAGAUUCCCCAAGACCUCACUUCGAGCAUACGAAACAGUCCCUUAACCUCGUCAUGAAUCAACAUGGGAUUCUCGAAUGCCUAGUGAAAGCUGCUCGUGCAAAGUGCUAUGGCUGUAAGCGAUUUACAGCGACGCCGAUCGUAAAACCAAUUCCAGGAAAGCUGCCUAAAGAUCGUACCACUGGCGGGGUAGCGUUCAAAGCGAUAGGUACGGGUUUCGCGGGCCCUAUUCGCUAUAAGUGCCCCAACAAACGCGAAAGGAAGAGCUACUUAGUCAUAUUAUUGUGCAGUUUGUCGAGGGCAGUCCAUCUCGAACUGAUCAAGAACCUCGAAACGACAUCAUUUAUCCCGUGUCUGAAACGACUGAUCGCACGACGCGGGCGUCCGAGAAUCGUCUACUCUGACAAUGGGGCUACCUUCGUCAAGGCCUCCAAGAGCUGGUUGAAGCAAUCCAGGAACGACGAACGUGUGCAAGGCCUUCUGGAACAGUACGACGUACGUGUCGUGGAAAUUCAACCUGAGUAGAGCCCCGUGGUGGGGUGGUCAGUUCGAGCGGUUGAUCGGAGUGGUAAAGAGCGCUUUGUACAAGGUGAUCGGUGGGGCGAAGCUGACGUGGUCGGAAUUGAGCGACGUGCUGCUAGAUGUAGAAAUCCAAGUGAAUCGACGUCCACGUAGCUAUAUGGAAGACGACGUAGAACUUCCAACCCUAACCCCUUCCACAUUUCUAUUUCAACGAGCUAAUGAAUUACCCGAAAGUGAACCAUGGCGGAUCGAAGACCAAGAUCUACGGAAAAGAGCGAGGUACCUAACAACGUGCAAGAAUAGCUUGUGGAAGAGAUGGCGACGCGAGUACAUGACCGCGCUGAGAGAACGUCACAGACUCGUCCAUAAGACCCGGAAAUAUAAAGUUAAAGAAGGCGACGCAGUGAUCGUGAAGACAGACGACAAAUAUCGAGGGGAAUGGCCACUAGCCAUAGUGGAGAAGUUAUUCACAUGACCAGAUAUCUGGUCGGACGCGAGCUGUUCAGCUCAGGACGAAAAAUGGCGUGAUAGAAAGACCCGUUCAGCAUCUCUAUCCCCUAGAACCCCAGCGCGACACAAAAAAGAACGCGAACGAAGGCCGAGUCCAACUGAAACCCGAGCGUUCUUAUUGAAAAGAGCUGCCGCAGCAGAUGCACAAGUAAAAAUAACCGCCAAAGCAGAAGAUCAAGAAGAAGACAUGUGA